AUGAUGCGAAGAUCGCUGGUGCUCUUUUCGUAAGUAUUUUUUGUAUUUGUAUGUUUUGUUAUCUUUAGGGAAGGGGCUUACCGAUUCUAUGAGGAUUUUUUAUCUUAUACAUGAAUCUUGAUGUGUGUGGAAAAAGUUUAAAAAAUCGACGUCGCUCUUCACGAGGCGUAUUUUACCUCAAGGAAAUGUCAAUAAAUACGCCCAGUUCUAAAUAAGCUUUAAAAUUUACGACUAGAAACCUCCAUUUUCUGACCGCAACACCACCUCCUUUCCCAAUUUUUUGAUAAGAUUUUUUAUUGUGAUAGACUUGUUAUCAUAUUGCAUAACGGCUGAAGGACGUUUGCAAAUCAAUCUCUUCGUUUCUCUUCGACCAAUUCGUUGACAAAAACUUUUAUUCCCACGCGGAAAGACCAACAAUUAUUGGUGCUUGCGUGAAAAUUGAUUUUUUGUCUAAUCACCUUUCUUUCUGACUAAAAUACGAUAAGAUUGUUGAAAUUCCGGCUAAUUCCUAACUAAUCAACCUAAUAAUUCCUAAUAUUCUACCGACUUUUAUAUUAUUUUAGUUGUUUUAUGCCAAGUUUUGGCAUAAAAACAUCUAAAAUAAUAUGAACCGCGCCGUUUCCUUGGCCCGCUCCGGGCUGGCUAACCACACUGGACUGCUAAAAGUGUGGAAUUUAAGGAAUUCCACCCUUCGACUGGUCAAUUAUGAUUGUUUCGCCGACCGUCACAUUGGUCCCUCCGAGCUGGAAAAGCAACAAUUACUGCAUUUUCUGGGAUUCAAGGUGGGUAAAGGCUCUUGAAAAUGGAAAGUUUUAGCAUUUUCACAAGUGCCUGAACAUUUGUCGCGGUCCGCACCGUGCACAAAAAUCCCCGAUUUUUUGCACCGUGCACUCGCCUUUUUUUGAUUUUGCACUGUGCAUUUGAAAUAUCGCUGCGACGUAAGCUUUUCCCAAUUGCGCCGCUGCGAUUUCCCUCAAAAAUAUGCACAGUGCAGUCGGCUUUUUUAAGGUUUGCACCGUGCACUCAUCUUUUUUUGGUUUUGCACUGUGCAUUUGAAAUAUCGCUGCGACGUAAGCUUUUCCCAAUUGCGCCGCUGCGAUUUCGCUCAAAAAUAUGCACAGUGCAAUCGGCUUUUUUGAGGUUUGCACGGUGCACUCAUCUUUUUUUGGUUUUGCACUGUGCAUUUGAAGUAUCGCUGCGACGUAAGCUUUUCCCUACCGCGCCGCUGCGAUUUCGCUCAAAAAUGUGCACAGUGCAAUCGGCUUUUUUGAGGUUUGCACGGUGCGAAAAAGCAAAAAUGCACGGUGCGUUGGCGACAAAAGUUCGAGAUGCACUGUGCGAAAGCCAAAAGAUGUCCAGGCACUUUGUGAAAAUGAUUUUUUGUCGCCAACGCACUGUGGAUUUUUGCCUUUUCGCACCGUGCGAAUCUCAAAAAAGCCGAUUGUCCAAAUUCUCGCGGCGGCACGGUUGAAAAAAGCUUACGUCGCAGCGAUAUUUCAAAUGCACAGUGCAAAACCAAAAAAAGGCGAGUGCACGGUGCAAAAAAUCGGGGAUUUUUGCGCUCGGUGCGGACCGCGCAAAUGUUCAGGCACUUGUGAAAAUGCUAAUAGGCUACUCGUGAACUUCGAGUUGUAAUAGUUGACUGUAAAAAGCUUUUUUUCAGGAUCUAGAUCAACUCACCAGCACCAAUGUUCCGGAUGCGAUAGCCCUGAACCGGCCGUUAAAUCUGCCCCAGCCUUUGGAUGAGUGGCGAAUGUUGACGGUUCUUCGGACUCUGGCCGCCAAAAAUGAGAUUUACCGGUCGUAUAUUGGAAUGGGCUUCCAUGAUUGUAUUGUGCCUGGGGUCAUUAUCAGGAAUAUGCUGCAAAAUGCUGGAUGGAUCACGAGGUAUGAUAAAAAAAGUGAAAUUUUUUGUCGAUUUUUUGGUGAAAAUUUUAAUUUUUGGUCAAUUUUUAUGUUUAUUUCUUAAUUUUAUGAAAUUUAAAAGUGAUUUUGAAAUUUUUUUUUCUUGCAGUUACACCCCAUAUCAACCGGAGAUUUCCCAAGGCCGUCUGGAGAGUCUUCUCAAUUUCCAGACCAUGAUUUCGGACCUCACCGGACUGGAUGUUGCCAAUGCCUCCCUGUUGGAUGAGGCUUCAGCCUGCGCCGAAGCGAUGACCCUAUCAUGCCGGGCCACCAAAAGAAAUGUCGUUCUUUACGACCCAUAUUUACACCCCCAAAACAUUGCUGUCAUCCAAACUCGCGCUAAACCUUUGAAUAUUACACUUGAACCCUUCAAUGUAAACGACCCAAAUAUCACUCGAGAUGUGGCUGGAGUCAUUAUUCAAUAUCCGAAUACGGAGGGAUUGAUCUAUGACAAUAUUGAGGCGAUUGUCGAGAAUGCACAUGAAAAUGGGGUAGGUUGAUAUAAAAAAUUAAAAAUUUGAUACCUAGAUUUUGAUUUACCUCUGAUAUGAUUUACGAAUUUGUUUAGGCGUUGGUAACGAUGGCAUGUGACCCCCUCUCCCUUUGUUUGCUCCGUUCUCCAGGCGACCUCAAAGCCGACAUUGCAGUAGGAAACGCUCAAAGAUUUGGGAUCCCCUUAGGCUAUGGAGGCCCCCAUCCCGCUUUCAUGUCCGUCGCCAAGACUGAUAAUCGAAAUUCGUUGGCCAGGCUGAUGCCCGGACGUCUGGUUGGAGUGAGCAGGUAAGAAAUUUUAAUUUCGGGCUUGAUGACAAAGGAGAAUGUAAUUUUUUGAAUUUUUGAUGUAAUUAAUUUUUCAUAUGCUAUGAUAUGAUGUUUACAGAGAUGCCGAGGGCAAUCAAGCCUACCGAUUGGCUUUGCAGACCAGAGAGCAGCACAUUCGAAGAGAUAAAGCCACCUCGAACAUCUGCACUGCCCAGGCUCUGUUGGCUAAUAUGGCGGCGAUGUACACGAUAUAUCAUGGGCCGGCAAGGUUGGCAUCGAUCGCUAGGACCAUCCAUAAGUCUACGGCGUAUUUGGGUCAACGUAAGUUGAUUUUUGGGGACAAUGAAUAAAUCUUUGUCAAGUAUAACAAAAAGUUUUUCAAGAUUUGGCCGAAAAUGGAGUGGAAAUCGCGCAUGAGAACUAUUUCGACACGUUGAAGUGUAAACCGAUGAAUUUGACGGAUUUCAAGGUCAGGGCUGAGGAAAAGAAGAUCAAUGUGAGGUACUUUGACAACUCGUGGGUUGGAGUGUCGCUGGAUGAAACGGUGCUUCCGGAGGAUCUCAGCGACCUGUUGUAUCUGUUCAAUGUGGAUAUUACUGCGGUAAGAGGGGUUUUGAUGGCAUUUGAGGGUUAAGAGAGACUUCUAACUGUGUUUCUUUGUUUGGGGAAAUUUUUUUAUUCUGGUCGAAAGAGCCACUAGGGGCUUUCUGAACAUGGUUUUUUAUAGAUUUUUGGCUUUUUUGGGCAUUCUAGACAGUUUUUGGUUUAUAUAGUAUAUAACGGUUUUGAUUUUUUUUCUUUUCAAAAUUUUCGGAGUUGGACGAUUGGGGAAACCGAAAAGUAUUAUUUUUGUUCGAUGCAAGUGUCGAAAUUAGGAUAAUCGAGGGUGCUGAUUUCGAAAAUUACAUUCAUUUUUUGAUCCUUACUUUUUUCCUUUAGUAGUACUGUAAAGUAGUAAUUUUUUGAAUUUUUUUCACAAACGCUCGAUUUGGUGGGUUUCGACCUUGCUGAUUUCGAAAAUCUUAUUCAUUUUUUCUGAUUUGAAAGCAACAAGGUCAAAACCCCGUACUGAUUUAUAGUACUACUUAAAGAAAAAGGUAAAGAUAAAAAUGAAUGUCAUUUUCGAAAUCAGCACCCUCGAUUAUCCUAAUUUCGACGCUUGUAUCGAAGAAAAAUAAUACUUUUCAGUUUCCCCAAUCGUCCCAGUUCCCAAAAUUUUGAUGAGAAAGUAUACUAAUUACAUGCUCCAAUUUCAGCGAGACAUCUUCCAACACAUCCACGAGACCCCAUCCCCAUUGAUCGGCAAUUCCGAGCAUGCCCGUCGCUCCAGUUAUCUGCAGCAUCCCGUCUUCAACAGCCAUCAUUCCGAAUCUCAAUUGGUCCGCUAUAUCAAACGCCUGGAGAACAAGGACGUCUCCCUGGUCCAUUCGAUGAUCCCCUUGGGCUCUUGCACCAUGAAACUCAACGCCAGCGCCGAGCUGGCCCCAAUAACAUGGCCCAAAUUCUCGAACAUUCACCCGUUCGCCCCGAGCGAUCAAACCAAGGGAUAUGCUCAAGUAUUCAACGACUUGGAGAGAUGGCUCUGCGAGCUGACGGGAUACGAUAGGUUUAGUUUGCAACCCAACAGUGGCGCCAACGGAGAAUAUGCGGGACUUUUGGCGAUUCGCGGGUAUCUGGAAAGCAUCGAUCAGAAACAGAGAAAUGUAAGCAAACUUGGGAGAAAUUGAGGAUUGGAGGGCUAUUUUUGAGGAUUAGAAUGAAUUUUAAAUAUAUAGUUUACAUGAUUUUGUAAGGGGUUUUGAAAGUUUUGAGUGUAAUUUUUUGGGUAUUGAUGGUUCAAAGAUAGUUUGGGAUCUAUAAAAAUGGUUUUUAAGAUGUUAGAAGAUUUUUAUGCCCUUUAGAUUUUUUAAAUCGAGUUUUUAAUAAUUGUAGGACGUUUUAAGACUAUAACAUUCCUUUCCAGAUCUGUCUGAUCCCAAUGUCGGCGCACGGAACGAACCCGGCCUCCGCCCAGCUAGCCGGCUUCAAAGUAAUGCCCGUGGAAUCGGAUCGGCACGGGAAUAUCAACUUCAAAGACCUAUCCGCCAAAAUUGACAAGUGCAAAGACAAUUUGGCCGCGAUUAUGGUAACCUACCCGUCGACUCAUGGAGUUUUUGAAUCUUCAAUCAUGGAUGUGUGUAACAAAAUCCACGAAAAUGGAGGCCAAGUUUAUUUGGAUGGAGCCAAUUUCAACGCGCAGGUUGGACUGUGCAGACCCGGCGAUUACGGCAGCGAUGUGUCCCAUUUGAAUUUGCACAAGACUUUCUGUAUCCCUCAUGGAGGCGGAGGACCCGGAGCUGGGCCAAUUGGAGUCAAGUGUAAGUUGGGGAAAGAAGGAAAUUUUUGGAAGCGAAAUGAUAGGGCCAUCCAUAAGGUUGCACGUCAAUCCAAAAUAGAAGAAAAAGUUUCCCGCCCCUUUUUGGUGAUUCGUUCAAAACGAAAUGUCACUAUCCGAUAAAAAGCUUUUUCUUGCCUUUCAACUUCCUUUUCGAGAAAAAGAAAUUAGUUCGGGCGAGAAAAAGUGCCGAUAAUUUCGCGACAUUUCGUCUCUCUUUUAAAUCAAUGAAAACGAUACGAAGUUUCGAAACGGUUCGGGAAGUGCUCUGGAUUGACGUACUGGGACGAUUGGGGAAACCGAAAAGUAUUAUUUUUCUUCGAUACAAGUGUCGAAAUUAGGAUAAUCGAGGGUGCUGAUUUGGAAAAUGACAUUAUUUUUUUUUUGAUUCUUACUUUUUUCCUUAAGUAGUACUGUAAAGUAGUAAUUUUUUGAAUUUUUUUCAUGAAUAUUCGAUUUGGGGGUUCUCGAUGGUGCUGAUUUCAAAAAUCUUGUUCAUUUUUUCUGAUUUGAAAGCAUCACCACUGAAAACCCCAAAUUGAGUAUUUAUGAAAAAAAAUCAGAAAAUUACGACUUUACAGUAUUACUUAAGGAAAAAAGUAACAAUCAAAAAAAAAAUGAAUGUCAUUUUGGAAAUCAGCACCCUCGAUUAUCCUAAUUUCGACAGUUGCAUCGAAAAAAAUAAUACUUUUCGUUUUCCCCAAUCGUCCAACUCCGAAGCGCAGUUGUAGGAGUUGGGUUCAAAUUUUGGAUACAGCUUGGGUAUAGAAACUUAUGAUUUUGAUUUUAGCUCAUCUGGCCCCAUUCCUCCCCGGUCACCCUGUUAUCCCGGUGAAUGGAACCGAAGGAGCCGUGGCUGCAACUCCAUGGGGAUCCUCCUCGAUAUUAACCAUCACCUGGGCAUACAUCCGCCUUAUGGGCGCCACCGGACUCCGCGAAGCAUCUCAAGUCUCCAUUCUGAACGCAAAUUACAUGGCCAAACGCCUGGAAGAGGGAGGAUACAGGGUUGUCUACAAAGAUGAGCAAGGUUUGAAUGCCCACGAGUUUAUUAUCGACUGCAAACCCUUCAAAAAAUCGGCCGGAAUUGAGGUGACGGACAUUGCGAAGCGAUUGAUGGACUAUGGAUUCCAUGCCCCGACCAUGGCCUGGCCGGUACACGAUUGUUUGAUGAUCGAGCCGACGGAGAGCGAGGACAAAGGAGAGAUGGAUCGAUUCAUCGACUCGAUGAUACAAAUCAGAGCAGAAAUACAGAAAAUUGAAAGAGGAGAAUACGAAAGGGACUGCAAUCCGUUGAAGGUAGGGGUUUUGGAAGGGAGGGGGAUGGUUAGAGAUUUUUUUACUGGUUGAGACUAGGGAAGACUUUUUGAGAUAAAAUUUUGAUUUCAAGAAAACUUGAACCAAAGGAUAGGCGGGCCUUGAAAAAUUUGAUGUGAAAUUUACAGUGGGGACCUGAUCCAGUGGCAAAAAACGUACCAUUUUGCAUCCGGGAAGUAUCGAGAAUGCGGCAAAAUUCUUCCCUCUCCAAGUGAAAAAGCUCCGAUUUCAAAAGCGCGUCCGUUCUUUUUGUGAGGGAAAGGGCGCGCCCUUCAAAAAGAAGCUUUUUCACUUGGGGAGGGAAGCAUUUUGCUACAUUUUUUAUACUUCCCGGAUGCAAAAUCGUGCGUUUUUUGCCACUGGAUCAGGUCCCCUACUGUAAUAGUAAAAGUUGGCAUUUUAGCUACUAAAGAAAACACUCGAUUAUUUUUGAUUAUUCCAUUGAUUAUCUAUUCUAAUUUCUAGAAAUUUAUUCUAUUUUUUCAGAUGGCUCCACACACCCUUCGCACCGUAACUUCAUCGGAUUGGGACCGCCCCUACACCAGAGAAGAGGCCGCCUUCCCCAAACCCUGGUGUCAUCACAAAGUCUGGCCGUCUGUAGCAAGAAUCGAUGAUCAAUAUGGCGACAGAAACCUGGUCUGCUCAUGCCCAUCAAUGGAAAGUUAUAAUAGCUAG